CUGAGCACAGGCCAACCGAGCAUUCGCUUCAUGGUGUGAAGCGCCGUCUGCUUCCCACUGUGACUGCCAGCAUCUCCCCAGCUGCACGCUACCCCAAACAGCGUCCACUGCGUUCUUAACGGUGUCCUCGUCGUAGGCGCUACCGCCAACGACGUUCCAGAACAUACCGUGCUCGCCGUCACUGUCGUAGAGCUCACAUUACCAUCCAUCUCGGUGCAAGCCUACGACUUUGCAUUAUGGCCGAUCGCAUGCCCCCGUACCAAAUGAAUCCCCAGAACAUGAUGCAAAACUUCAUUGCCCAGCAACAGAUGCAACAGCAGUCUCAACAGCAACAGCAACAGCAGCAGCAGCAGCAACAGCAACAGCAACAUCAACAGCAACAGCAGCAGCAACAAGACUCUCAGAUGGUUCCCGGGCUCCCUAACCCCGAACAUAGUCGCAUAUGGAAUCAAAUCCAGAACAACUACAGAGUUCAGCAAAAUGGUGACGCAAAUUCCGCUCAGAUGACCCCACAGAUGGCAGAUCUCGUUCGAAACCAGGGGCUCGGUCAUGUCCACUCUUCACAUGCUCCCUUGGUCCAACAUAUUCAGCAACAAUUCGGUCUUUCAUCCGCACAGCGUGUCCCCCCCCCUGCCUCGUCUUUCCAUGACCCUCAGUCCUCUAACCCUACAUCUUCUAUCAUCCCACCCAACUUUUCCUCUAUGUCUAUGAAUACCCCACCAAUGAAGGGAGGGAAUCCGAUCCAGGCUCUGGCUAGCCGUCCGCUUCACCUCAUGGAUCGUCCUUCCAAUCAACAAAACCAGCAUCAGCCUCAGUCUGCAAUGGCACUCGUUCGUAUGCAGCAGCAGCAGAUGGGCUCGCAGCCAGGCCCUAGUCAGCCGAAUUCCUCGGACAUGUUUUCAUCCUCAAAUAUGACUAAUGUUGAUGCAAUGCAUGGUUCUCCGCAUCUGGCGGCACAACCUCUUGGGCCCCAGAUGGGCCAUCCAAACAUUAGGGCACCGGCUCAGAAGGUGCCUACUCUCCCAGAGCUGAUGCAAAGGAGGGAUUAUUUGCAAGCUGGAAUUAGUAGCAUUGAGCAAAAUAUCCAAACCAUACUCGAUCAUACGAGAGGUUUCCCCGACGAAGCAUGGUCCGCAAAGUUGGAAAAGAUGCGCGCGGAGCUCCAGAGUCGCAAGACUCUCUUCCUCAGAGUGAACCAGGCCAUCCAAAUGACUAAUUCCGGUGGCAUGCUUGGAGGAAAUCUAGCACAUGUAAAUACAAUGCCCUCUCCUGCUGGUCGACCAGGUGUUACGCAGGGCGGCGGAGCACCCCAACAACCCUGGCCACAGUCGUCCAGUCCCACUCCAAAUUUUGGAAUGAACCCUGGAGGUAGCGGGCCUUCGCAGAUUUCAGCGCCGGGUCAGGCCCAUCCCAUGAAUCCUCAACUCUCUGGACAGGGUGGUCAGAUGCAACGCCCAGGUGCUUCACAGAAUAUGGGUCCUCAAUUCAAUCCUCACACCGUUGCUAAUGGUCAGAUCCCGAAUAGAAUGUUGUCGACAAUCGGGGUCUCCCAUCUUGACAAGCCUCGCUUUGAGGCUAUGUACACGUCCUUUUGCAAGAACAAUCACGCGGAUCCCAACUUGCACGUUCUGUUAUCUGAAAACCGUUCAGUUGAAUUGCAUAGCCUGCAUGUUCAGGUAACUCAACGCGAUUUAUGGGCGGUCAUAGGCGGUCGCAUGGGUCUUGUACAGUUCCCAGGCACGGAUACUGAGCCAGCUAAGAGUGGCCCCGGUAUCGCACAGCAGCUUGCUCUCGCAUACAAAGAGCACCUGCAGGCAUUCGAGACUGUGAUCGUCGUCUCAAUGAGAUCUCGCGCUGCACAAAGAAACGGCUUGUCACAGAACAGCGCUCAGAACGGCACUCCUGGAAGUGCCUCAGGUGUAGCCGUGGAGAUGCCACACGCUGUUGUGCGCGGUCCUCUCAAUCCGCAAGCCAUGGCGCAUGCUGCGCGUUUCGUCAAUAUGUCUGUUGCUGAUAUGCGCGCCAAUGGCUUGCCAGAGCAGACGAUUAUAGCCAUCGACCGGCAUCGUCCGGAGAUUCAACGUUGGCAGCAGAGUCGGUUGAUAGCAGCGAAGGUCAAUCAGCAAAUGACCAAUCAUGAGGCGCCCGGUGAGCAACCGGGUAUGCCCAGCACACAUCAAGGAAAUUUCCCGAACCAGGUGCCAACCGCCGGUCCCAGCCUGGUUUCUGUACCGCGGGGACAGCCAUCCAUGAUGCGCAAUGGGAUGCAACUACCGAUGACUGAGAUGAAGCCUGCCAUUCAGGCAGGACCCAUCCUACCACCGACUCAGGAGCAGAUCGGACACGCAAUGGCCGUAAUCCAAAACACGAAACACCUUUUCUCAUCCCGUGGACUGCAGACAAUGCAACCGGUCUCAAUACCAGAGGAACAGCGAAUGGAGUACAAUCAGCUACUAGAUCAAGUUCACAAGAUGACUCGGGACCUUGAUGGGAGACUACCAAUGUACUGGGUUGUUCUAAGAUCGGAUGAUUUGAUUCGCAGGCUCGUUGCAAUUGUAUUGACGGUGGAACAUCAAAGGACCCGUUAUUCGACGGGGCCACCCCAAUUCUUAAUCGGUUUUCACACUCUAAAGAGCAUGUAUAACCAAGUACAAAAGGCUAACGAGGAGUUUGAACAAAGGUGUCAAUUAAUGAAAGCCGCCGUCGCAUCGCAACAAAUGGGUGGACUUACUGGUUCUCACAUAAAUCGACCGCCCCCCGCUCCCAAUGUUUCUCAGCCUACGCCCCCCCAAAUUCUUCAGCCUCCCCCAGCUGGGCCCCCCAUGAGCCGCCAUCCCUCCGCAAACCAGUCACACCCACCUCCGCAUCCCCCGCCGCCCCAACCUCUGAUCAAGAAACCUCCUGUUCGCGUGCCCCCAAGUCCCUCUGACCCUGCCGCCACAACGAACGCGGUGCCGUCACCUACCCCACCACCUGCAACUACUGCUUCCACUGCUCCUACUCCUCUCCCUCUUACUGCCGCUUCCCCACAAACCCCAAAGUCUCCCAAGUCCAAACCCCCACCCAAGACGAAGGUUAGCCAGCGCCCUCCUAAGCCACCUACUAUAUCUCCCUCCGAACCUCCACCUGUAUUUACUCCUGGCGUGAAACGCCAAGCCGACGAGGAUGUUUCUACACUCUCCGCUGCGGGUCCCUCUACACAGCCUGACUCUAUUGGCGCACCGUCUCCCAAGAAGGUGAAGACUGAAGAUUGGGAGGGAGAACCUAGCGAGGGACUAGUGAAGAGGCACCAGGAGGUUGAUAGUAUCAAAACGGAAGAGGACGCAAAUGCUUUCAUGGAUAAGAUGAAGGAACUUGUCGCCAUGACUGCCUCAACAGAUGCCGGCGUGUUCGACGACAUUGCUCACACUCUCGACCGGAUUUUGCAAGGCGCAGCUCAAGAUCCCACACAUAUUGCGACCUCUGCCUUCGCUUCAAGCAUUGGUGGACCACUUUCGGAACUCUCACCUCCAGCAGGGCCCCCUAACGAUGCAUUCUCGGAGUUCCACGAGUUUAUCGAUUACAGUAUCUUUACUACUCUCGAAGACGAGGAAGAAUCGAAAGCCCCCACCCCCGACCUUGUACCAUCAUCAUCCACGAACCCUAGCCCACAGUCCAAUCCGGAUGCUGAUCAGUCACAGGGCGCAUCUUCCCCAGACAAAACCAAGAUCGAGGAGCCCAGGGAAAGCAACCACCUCGAUCUCCUUCAUAUGGGGGCAUUCAAGGAGAUUGACGGCGGCGAGUCCGCCUACUACCAGUCUUCUGAUUGGAAGUGGGAGGGUCCCAUGACCACGCUUGACCAACCAUGGGCAAUUUACCAGACUUCAUGAUAGGAAUUAUAGGGCGGAAUCCUGGUUUGUUUUACUGUCUAUUUAUGAAUCGUCUUCUCUUUGUUCUUCAUUUUAUAUGCUGGAUAUACUCGUCCGUGAUGCCCUCCGUUACACUGAUCAGACUUGUCAACUCUACGUCCUGUCAUCCAUACUACUAGUAUCUUGGUUUCGUGUCUCACCUCUGUAUUUUUUAAUGUUGUUCUGAUUUGCUAUCGUAUCUUGCUCAGAAAUCAUCGAAGCGUAGGAAUUAAUGAGCUGCUG